GUUCCGUCUCGGAAGCAACCGGAUUCGCCGAUAGAAGAGCAGCCGGAAAACCCUGACGUCGCUUGCAAUCGAUCGAGCUUUUCGUGCAGCGGCUCACUAUCGCCACGAGCAGAAGUUUGUCUGAACAUUCGCUCACCCUCCAGAUCGCCGCGCCCCGAAGCCCCCAGUUCAGCACCAGUCGUCUGCACGAACGAGCCUUGCUGCUUGCGUGUUGCUUCUUGCGAGUACCGGUAUUUCAUUUUGAAGAUUCAAAGCUGCGCAGGAUCUCCUGCAAUCGUCGAUACUUCUCACGCGUCGAGACCCACUGAACCAUUUUUCCUUCCGUUGCGAUCUCAGAUUCUGAACUUGUGCCGAUUGCGAUGGCCUCGAUUUUGGGUAGCUGUGGCAGAGUCGGACUUGUAACCGUGAGCAUAGGUUAUAUGGCAGCACGGAUGACCGCGGCUGUUGCAUAUACCAAUUCCAGCAGAAAGGACUUUACGCUGAGUGAUCAGACAGGCCCGAAUACGAGCAAGCCGUGCUCGAAGAAUUUACAUGAUUCCUCCUCAGAACGGGGUGUGGAAACGGCUCUUCAAACCGCUUUGAGAUGAUACCACUCAGCUACAUGGCAUCCUCUUGAAUUAAGUCGGGGAAAAUAUGAUGAGUCUGAUUAGAAGUGAUUUCUAUCAUCAAAACACUGAUAUCAUAUGAUUCCUCUUAUGCCCUGGGAGGCCUCCGAUUCGUAGAAUCACAAACUUGUUUAGUAAAGAGGUAGGAUAGAAUAUAGUUACAUAAUAGAGCGGUACCAACAACUCUGCAGAGAAUGUACCCUGUUGUUCCAGUUUGUCGGACAACAAGGGCACAUAAACCACAGCCCUGGAGAUGGCAAGGGAAGGUACAUUCUCAUUAGCAUUCGAUCUUGGUGCUUGCAACCGUGUAUCAUAACAGGUCCAUUGUGUGGAGCUCAGAAGUAAAUGAUAUGGCUUCGCACCAUCGUUUAUAAUAUGAACGUUCCUUGAAGUAGGUUUGGGGCCG